AACCACGACCACGCCCACAGUCGACAACCCCGACGACGUGCUGACGGUCCCCUCAUCGCCAUCAGCAGUCUAGACGUUCCUUCAAGCGUUGUCGGCAUCAUUCCCGUCGUUUUCGGAGACGCACACUGCGGCUCGGUUACUCGGGAAGUCAGAGGGUGUGUGUUGCAUGUCCUGUUGAUCUUAACGGCCGGAAAAACCCCUCCCAACUCGGCCCUGGUAGUAUACGACGCAGAAAGUCGCCCCGAAAGUCGUUCCAAAGCUCGCUGCAGGACUUCGCUACUCCUUUCCCUUUUACCUCUGAACUACGCGCGAGAUGUCGUCGGGAGAGGCCCAUCUUUCGUCUCAGCAUCAGCAGUCUCAAUGGUCCCAGCAGCCGCACCUGUUGCCACCGCUGCACACCCAAGCCUCUUUCCCUUCCCCUUCCACCCCCUCCUCUUCCAUCAGCGAGCAACAUUACCCGCCGUACUACACCCAAUCUAGUCAGUCCUCGCUCAACGAGCCCAGCAUUGUCGACCAGAGACAGUCCACCUCGUUGUCGCUCAAUCUGUCUGGGUUAAGCGUGACCUCGCCAACCAACUUAUCCCCGAUUCACCCGUCCGUAUCACCCAUAACUCCCAUCAGUCCUUCCAAUGCAGCUCUCCACCAGAGUGCGCUGACUGCCCACCACAGCCUGCAUCAUACCCACGUCCAGCAGCCGUUCCAGUUCGCUCCUCCUGACCAGGGCGUCCGCUAUGAUGAGUCGCAGUACAACGAUUAUCCAGGCGGCCGGCGGAUCACGAGCAGCCGUUCUUCGUCAUCAUCUGAAAAGUCCGUCCCCCGAAAACGCAGUUUCACCUCGGGAAACGCUCUGGCCCCUCCUGCGGAAGAGUCUGCCGCGACACCUGUCUCAGGCACGUACGACCACUCUAACGGCGCCGGGCCCAUGGAUACAUCACCCUAUGACGAGGUCGAGAUGAGUUAUGGGGGACUCGACACGGAAAACAGCCCCAUUGAUGGGAGCACGAGCGGGGGAGAACAGGACGAGCAGGCAAAGGCAUCGGAAGGACAGGGCGGCGCAGGUGUAUCGACAUCUCAGUCCGCAGGGCCGUCUGCGCCCGUCCCCAAGCCGUUGGGCACGAAUAACUUUGUGACGAAGCUCUACCAGAUGAUAAACGACCCCAAGUCAGCUCAGUUUAUCAGCUGGACAGAGCUGGGCACUAGUUUCGUUGUGUCCAAUGUCGGUGAAUUCAGCCGAACGAUCUUGGGCUCGCACUUCAAGCACAAUAACUUUUCGAGUUUUGUGCGCCAGCUGAAUAUGUACGGGUUCCACAAGAUCAAUCGCACGCCGCGCGCGCAGCGCACCUCGGCAGACGUACAAACAUGGGAGUUCUCCCAUCACAAGUUCCUGCGUGGGCGACCGGACCUGCUUGAGGAAAUAAAGCGUAAGGCACUCGAGCCUGACCCGUCCUUGAAGCAGCGUGUGGAGCUUCCGGGAGAGGUUGCAGCUCAGUUAUCGCAGAUGCGUGACGACAAUCGCAGGCUGGUCCAAGCUCUCAACACCGAAAGGCAGAAAAUGGACCGUUUAACGAGUGUCACCAAAGCAUUGUACGACGUUAUGGUCAAGGUCUUCCCAGGGCAUGUACCUGUCGCCUUCCCGGCAGACCUGCUGGAUGCCAACGACAGCCCUAACAUCAUGAUCACGUCUCCGACUUCGACAGGGAUGCAUUCGCACUUUCCUCCGUCCCUGUCUUCCCUCAGCAACAACCCCUCGCUCCAUUCGUUGCAUUCGCUGAGCCCGGGCUCGUCCCCGACCGCACCCGAGUUCCCGUCGCAUAAUCACACGCCGCACAACCUCUCGCGACAGCACUCAUUCCAGCAUGUCACUGACUAUGGCGCCCCAUCGAUGCACGGGCACCACGGCAUGCCCACGUCAAGGUACGACUCUGCCAUGGCGACGCCUCUGCCCCCUUCACCCGGCCCGAUGGACGUUUUUGAGGAUGCUCAGGGUCGCAAGCGGCAGCGGACGAACCCGGAGGAUGGUGGCGCGGGCAAAAAGGGCAGUCGCGCGCGCAGCGACUCGGCGCCGCUGGGUGGGUAUGGGCUUACCUCUGGCUGGCCGCAGACCAGACCGCGCAGCGGCAGCGGCAUGCAGUCGAACCGGGUCAACCCCGGCCGCCGCGACGAGCUCCCGGUGCCCAACAUUGGGUCGCUCUCCCGCGGGCACACGCUGCCAAUGCUGUCAAUUCCCGGAGUUGGAAAGCCGUCUCAGUCUUCAAGUUAAAUAUGCUCCUUUGCGUUGUGGUGUACGCUGAAACGUGCAAGCUGCUGCCUGUGAUCUGGACGCUAUCGUUCGUCUUUGUAGGACUAUCGGGUGCCUUCCGUUCUUCUCACCUUCCUUUGGCUGCGAAAUCGUCGGUCAUUUCUCUUCUCGCUAUCGUGCACUCGCUGGCGGUGUCAUUGCUCGCCUUACCUCUCACUCUUGUUUCUGUGCCCCCUGUGCGUGCGAGGUCGUUUCGUCUGUCUGGAUCCUUGAUUCCCUCUACCACGCAUACCACAUCUACAUCGCUUCGUCGUCUCGCUCGUCGAUAUUCUUCACCUACUCUCACUUUGCUCUCCUAAGUUACCCUCCAGAUACCCGUGAUAUCUUCUUGUUGCACUUGCGACAGAGUUGCUCAUAUACUGCUUCGGCUCUCUAGGGUUGGGUUUCGUUCGUUUGUUUUGCCAUCUUAAAUCACAUAGAUGUACCAGUGUCAUGAAACAAAAUAUCUCUCACAAAAC